AUGUCGACACACACACGUGCGCUUUCACGGUCUUUAGUAGUUAUUCCGGAUAAAUUGAUACCUAUGGCGCCGCCGAACACGCCGCUUAUCUACAUCCUAUGGCACCUAUACCUGGAGCCUGUCUUCGCACUCGGCGGGGUAUACAGACUGCAUUUCAACCCGGAGAGCUACUUUGACUUUAUGCCGUCGACGUCGGGCUACAGCGCCUCGUCCCAGAUUGUGUGCGAUCAGUUGGCGUCGGCGUACCUUUUCUUUGCGUUCACAGAGGGGGUGCUGUUGCGGGUUGUGGAUGAUAAGAGGACGUGGCGGUGGAUCUUGUUUGGGCUGUUGCUGUGCGAUUUGGGGCAUUGCUAUGCCGCGUGGUGUGAGAUGGGGUAUAAGAUUUUUGGGCCUGAGGGAUGGGGUGGGAAAGAUGGGGUCACGAAUAGCUUGAAUGUGCUGCCGGUGUUGAUUCGGACGGGGUAUCUACUGGGGAUUGGGGUGCCUGAGGGAGAGACGAAGAAGAGGGCUUGAUGGGGGAGUGGAUACAUGUCGGUGGGUUACAAUGAGCAAAGCAGUGUUAUCUGUAUUGUACAAUGCGUUUCUAGAUAGUCAGCUAUGGAGACUCGAGGACGAACGCCUGGGGCGGGCUAUUGUCGGCGCUCUCUUCCCUUCAACACCCUAGUGGGUGGGGCUUGAGGCUCAUCACAUCAUGCUGAGAGAUGAACAAUGGGCGAAUGGUAUUCCGACAGUCCCGCCCCACGUCAUAAUGUGGUUGCUGGCUGUCAUGGUGAAAAUGGAUAGUAGCAUGCAAUCAGGUGAGAUCAUGUCUGACUGCGUUUCGGGGCUGUUGUUCUUACUUGAUAAGUACGCUCGCGACCGGGAACGCAGAGCCCUACGUCCCAAGGGCACUGCAGGCUCCCUCCAAAGCGCAAGAUUUAUCAUGAGGAGGCUGAAUAU